CGUCAAUUUAUCGCUAGAUCAUAGUUGUUGCCGGUGCAGUACUCACACAGCGAGACAGCCAUGGCGAAGUCGUCCAAAGUCAUCCGUGUCGGCCAAGACGCGCCACACCAGCCUGAUGUGGAGAGCGAGAGCAGCUACAGCUUUGUGGAACAGUCCAAACGCCAGGUGAAGGUCAAAAUCCAGAGCCUGACGGAUGAAGAGAUUGUGUUUGACCUCAUUGGCGUGGACGCCGCCAUCGCCAACGCGUUGCGCCGCAUCCUGCUCGCCGAGGUUCCAACUAUGGCGAUCGAGCACGUAUACAUCUGGAACAACUCGUCUAUUAUUCAGGAUGAAGUGCUGGCCCACAGAUUGGGCCUUGUGCCACUCAACGUGGACCCGCGUGAGUUCCAGGCCUUUCCCGACAACGAGGAGGCAGAGGCCACUGACGAGAACACCAUCGUCUUCAAGCUCGAUGUCACGUGCAAGUUUGACCCUGAGCACCCGAAGGACCCGACCAAAGCGAUUCAUUCUUCUGUAUACUCGCGCGACCUAGAGUGGGUGCCGCAGGGAAACCAGGAGGAGCGCUUUGGCUCUAUUCGCCCCGUACACGAAGAUAUUUUGAUCGCAAAAUUGCGACCUGGUCAGAGCAUUGCAUUGGAGGCCCACUGCCGCAAGGGCGUGGGUAAGGAUCACGCUAAGUUCUCUCCUGUGGCCACAGCGUCAUACCGUUUGAUGCCUAAGGUUGAACUCACGGAGAAGGUGGAAGGUGCCGAAGCGAAGCGCCUAGUGGAGGAGUGCCAGAUUGGCUUGUUCGAUAUUGAAGACAUUGGUGGCGUCCCUACUGCAGUGGUGAAGGAUCAGCGCGCCUGCACCAUGUGUCGGAACUGCAUUCGUGAGCCUAGCUGGAACGAAAAGAUCCGUCUCGGACGUCAGAGUGACCACUUCAUCUUUAGCGUCGAGUCCGUGGGAAUGAUCAAACCCGAGGAACUGCUGCUGGAGGCUCUCAAUGUGCUUGCCGAGAAGUGCAAUAUCGCAUUAGAGUCGUUCACGCAGGUGGAUGAGGACGAGGAAAUGGGCGAUGAAGAAGAAGAGGAGGAGGAGGAUCAGGAAGAGUAGACCGACCAUAGAUUGCUUGGAGCUGACAGAAUAUAUGCAUACAUACUAAAACAUCUCAUCUGCGUUGGGGUAAUCUCUCGAG